AGCUGCAGUUCAGUUGUAAACAAACAACUGGCGCAAGUCCAAUUUGAAUAAUAUAAUAUCACUUUUGGUGUCAUUUUUCAUCACUUUAAAUUCACAUUUUCGUGAUAAUAUUUGCGCUUUUGACGCAUCAAGCCUCUAGUUCUCCUUCAGCAAAAAAGAGGCAGUCUAUUUAGGCCGCCGUGCUGUGAAAUUUGAUCUUCUGUCAAAAGCAGUCAUGUCACACAUCCAGUACUUGGACGAACUAGUCAAAGAAUACCUCCUAUUCCGGGGAUUUUGCAACACCCUGAAAGCCUUUGAUGGUGAAUUGAAAACAGACAAAGACAAGGGAUUCAGGGCUGAUAAAAUUGUUGACCAAAUUGUACUUUACGUCAAUUUCUACGAUUUGACGUCUCUCAGAGAAUUAUGGGCACAUUUAGACCAACGGAUGUUCUCCAAGUUGGAAUCUCACUUUGCUCCUGCAAUCCGAAAGCUGGAAACGUCUGUCUUGAAAUACUAUGUGGUCAAUACAAUCUCAAAUAACAAAAACGAUAAACUUUUGGAUUUCUUUAAUAAGAUGGCUUCAGAGUUGCAAGGCCAAUCAGAAUGGAAAGAUUGGUUUGCUUUGCCCUAUAUCAGAAAUCCAGAAGAAAGUCACAUUUUUGCUGUGUUCUUUACUCGUCAUUGGCAAGAUACUUUACUAGCAUCUUUACACAAUUUCCUCGCCAUCAUUUUCCAAAGCAUUCCUCUGCCUACGUUGGCAAGCUUUGAAGACGAGGCUGUAAGGAUGAGGAGGUUGACAGAAGAGGUCGAAACACUUAAGUCGAAACUUUCAGCAGUUGGUUUCCAAGACCUAGAGGGAAAGUCAAGCGCAAUCGAAAGUUCUCGAACUGAACUUAUGGAUGACUUCUACAUUAUUGGAAAAAGAGAAACAGUUACUGCUGUUCCAACUAUUGAGAACCAGUCACUCUCUCUGAAAAGUAUUAUGCGCAACAUAAGCGGUGGGAUUCCAACUUCUCCGAUAUUAGGACGAAAACAACAACAAACUUCAACUUCAUCUCGACGAGUGGUUUCCUCUUCUAGCAUGGACGAGAAACGGUCCAGUAGCAAGACAAGAAUCUCCACACAGCGCAGUAUUGGUGCUGAUGUUUCAUCAAACCAAAAAGUUGACUCAAAAUCCAGCCCUAAGCCGAAAGAAGAUCUCGAGGCAGCCGUCCCGCCAAAAAUUCCAGAGGGCUGCCCUUUUUUACUUCUUAGUCAGGAAUGGCAAGAGUUUCACAACAGCGCCAUAACUCAGUGCAAAUUCAACAAUUCCGGGUCUCUGGUCGCAAGUGGAGAUGCUGACGGAGUGGUCAAAGUGUGGUUAACUUCUCCGGCACCAAAGGUUAUAGCUACAUUCCAAUGCAAAGCCAAUGUUGUUGCUAUUGACUGGCUCGGGAAACAUGAAAGAUUUUUCAUACUCGGCACCAAGGCAGGAUCAAUUUAUUUGUGUGACUCUGCCGAGAAGAAAAUAGUGUGGGAACUGGGAAACCAACCUGGUUCUCCUUUAAAGGAUUCUAGGGUGUUAUAUGUUUGCUGUAGUCCGAGCGAACCGCAAAUAGUGUGCUCUCUUGCAUUUUCCUCUUCGACUAGCAGUGGGGAUUAUACAUCACAAGGAAAACUAUUCUUGCUGGAUGUUAAAACAAGGAAACUGGAGAGAUCUUUGUCUUUGAUUGGUGACUCGUCGCGCUCCGUUUUGGUCGGUUGCUGCACAUACAAUCACAAUGGGCAGUUGCUUGUUGCUGGUGCGACGGAUGGAGUGGUUCGAAUUUUUGACAUUCGCAAGGGCGAAUGCGUCGACUCGUGGUUGGCUCAUGAUGGAAGCGUUUUAUCCCUUCAACUCUCUUAUGAUUUCACUUCCUGUUUUACGCUUGGACAAGAUGGCAAAUUUUGUCAGCGAAAUUUGAAUCAGUCUGGACACCGAGUUUGGGAAACGAUGCUUCCUGAGCCACUUGCGUCAGGAAUACACGGGCAGCUCUUCACUUUCGAGCAAUCUGGACGGUAUGUGCUGAUGUGUGGACGCACUGAAGACUGCAUUAAUCAAAUCACUCCGCAAGGAUUGUCACUAGUUUUGUCUCUCGGCAUGAACAAAGGUGGCGGCGGACAAGGCGCUUUUUCAACAGCAGUCGACUGGUGCAGCGCCAACGACUGCAGCACUUGCAUUGUGGGGAUGUCAGAUGGAAAGAUCAAGAUAUCAACUCUGUUGCAACAGUGAAGAUAAUCUCUGAAAAAAACUUAAUAUGCAUACAUGUGUGAUUUUGAAAGUGAUAAUAAAUUUUCAAGAGGAUAUCAUAAUCGGAGAAAAAC